CUGCUACCUCAGUACCUGGCCGUGCGGGGAGAGCGCGAAUCCGUCUUGAGGAUUUCCUUAGGUUCUGAGUAGCCCAGAGGAAUAUGAAUCCAGCUCUACAACGCUCCUUGAACGCGUUGCAGCGUGAUCCAAAGAAGUCCAUUGAUGCAGCUCGCCGCGGAUCAGUAUCGGAAUUGAUCACCCUCGCCAACUUUUGGCAGGAGAUUCCCAACAUGGUCUCUUUAGGCGUAAUGGAUGUUUUCUGCACGCAUCUGGACGAGAGGAAGGCGCCGUCAUUUCCGAAUGUGCCCCGGGUAGAGGAUGCUAAUCUCGCGUUUAUGUCCCUCCUUGGUUUAAGCAAGCUCACCGACUAUCCUGACGACGAUCGGUCUCUCGGGGACCUUGUUCUACGGACAUGGCCAGGCAUAUACAAGUGGGGCUACUACUUCUUUCAAAUACGGAUAGUCAAGCAAGACGUCCCGGACGACGUCCGGCGGCAGACAUUAGACGUUAUAUCAGGAGGCUGGUGUGUCGCGUCUCGCGAACCCAGGGUUCGACAAGCCAUGCUUGGGACGCCGGGGCUGCUCGACAUCGCGGUCCAGUUAUGGGUUCACGAAGACGGUGGCCCCGUACCAUCUCUGAGCAACAUCCCACUCGGGUCGGCGCUGCUCGAUGCACUCUUGAGCAAGGUUGAUGAGAGGACCCUCACGAAGGUCGUCAAAGCCGCUGGCGGCAAGGCUCCCAACGUCGCGAAGAUGGCAUUGUCGCGCUUGCGCUCUGCGAUCAGAGCGUCGCCAAUGGAUCCCGCACGCACGCAGAUCUUGGCGGACUUGAUCAACGAGCUCUCGUAUCAGCAGGAUCAUCGCCUGCGUUACGCUCUCCUCAGCGAAGGCGUCAUCGGUACGGUUACCCAGGCCCUCGUCGCUGUCUCCAAAGAAGUCACGGGAUCCCGAGAUCCCGCCUUCCUAGAUGCUAUGCUCUCGUUGUUUGGCUACUUGAAGAACUGCCUCGAGUCUACAGAAGGCUUCACAUGGGUAUCUCAGGCCCUCAACGCCGGCCUCAUAACGGCGUUCGUUGAUUGCAGCCCGACAUAUGCCAUGUUGUCCCAGGAGGACCGAGAAAUGAUCCUGUCUAUUUUCAGCAAUCUACUACCGCGAUAUAUGAUAUACUAUUCCGUCAUCGCUGCCGCGGAAGCCCCCAUCUUAAAGGUUGACUCUUCUGAGGAUAUGAAGAAGCGCAUCAGAAAUAGCGUGGCCAAGGACGUAUGGUCCACCUUACGAGACCUCGUGCUUGAGAGGCGCGCAAUCUCCGUGCGGUUCAGCGAGACCAAGAAGAACCAAGGCGUCGCCUGUGAUAAUGUCAAGUGCCAUAAAAUUGAUUUCAAGAAUAACUUCAAGAAAUGCACUGGUUGCCAAGUCACGUUGUAUUGCUCCAAGGAGUGUCUGGUAACAGCUUGGAAAGAGGGCGAUCACAAGACAGUAUGCAAAUUGAAGCAACAGGAACGCCAAGAGGGAAAACUAGAGCCGCUCUCGAAGCGCGACCGACAGUUCCUGCACUACUUGUCCAUGCACGACGCCCGCCAGCACCUCCCCCAUCUCCGUGAAGAGGCGAAGAGCAAGUUUCCUAGUGUCCCCCUUUCGUCUCUGAUCAUCAGCAUCGACUACACCGGCGUACCAUCGACGUUCACCGUGCAAUCUCUUGAGAACUACAGUAGUCCUCCGACCAGCGGCUCACAGAACGCGGAGGCUCGCCACGACUCGCUGGUCGAGCGUGUGCAAAAGAAUCCGGGGAGCGGGACGCUCGUGGAGGCUCGUAUAUCGGGCGGACGAGAAGAUGCUAUGGUCGCGACCCUAGCUGCAGGUGACGUGUGGAACCUUGACCGGGGAAGUAUGACGCUAGGUGACGCAGACUUGCAGUACGAGGAGGGCGGAGAAGACGACCUUGCCCUCCUGAUUCGAAAAGGAGCAUACUGAGCAUAACGGCGCUCCCGGCUUAUGCAAGAGCUAUAGCGAUUAUUCUUGGACGAUGUCAUUGGCCACCGUGACGUCAUCUCAAGCUCCCAACUGAUAUAACCAGGGCUCUUAUUCAGUACUUCGUCCCAGAAACACUGUACACAUGCCAUGGCCUCUUCGAUCCUGACGCCGCUCUCUUCUCUCGCAGUCAGCAAACAUUUUGUCCCGAGAUUUAAUCGUGUACCAAAUUCUUCCGCUACUUCGAAGCCGUUGUUGGUAUAUCAUACCGUCUUCUCCCCGUCCGCCACCAAGUCGUCUAUUACCGCCCAUCUCUCCAAAAUUAACGUUAUCGAGCCUCACUGGACAUAUUCCAUGUAUCCGACCUCCCACUUCCAUUCGAACACGCACGAGGUAUUGAUCAUCCUCAAAGGCUCUGCUAA